CGAGUGAAAGAGCUUCAGGCGAAGCUGGAGCCGGAGAUCAAUGAUCUGAAGAGGAGAGACGCUGAGCUGGAGCAGCUGUCACUCACAGAGGAUCACAACCAGUUCCUGCACAGCUACUCUUCACUGCCAGCCCUCAGUGUAACCAAUCACUCACCCAGCAGCAACACCCGUCCUCUCAGAUACUUUGAGGAUGUGACAGAGGAUUUAUCAGGGGUCAGAGACAAACUACAGAAGGUCCUGAGGGUCAAGUGGACCAACAUCUCGCUAACUGAAGUCAGAGUGUUACGGCCACAACCAGAGCCCGACACCAGAGCUGGAUUCUUAAAAUAUGCAAGAGAAAUCACUCUGGAUCCAAACACAGCAUACAAACAGCUGCAUUUAUCUAAGGAAGACAGAGCAGCAGCAUUCAAGAGUUAUUCACACUAUGAUAAUAGUCACUCAGACAGAUUCACUGAGACUAGGCAGGUCCUGAGCAGAGAGAGUCUGACUGGACGUUGUUACUGGGAGGUGGAGUGGAUAGGAGAAGGAUGCAGUGUAGCUGUCGCAUACAAGAGCAUCAGCAGAGCUGGGUGGUCAGGUAGAUUUGGAGAAAACGACCAAUCUUGGAAAUUAGAUUGUUUCUACAACGAAUAUAAAUUUGUGUACAAUAGUGUCAUCACUCCAAUCUCAGGUCCUUGGUCCUCCAGAAUGGGAGUGUACCUGGAUCACACUGCAGGUAUUCUGUGCUACUACAGCAUCAUCGAUGAAACCAUGACCCUCCUUCACAGAGUCCAGACCGUGUUCACUCAGCCGCUGUAUGCUGGAAUUGGGUUCAAUGAGGGUUGGAGAAACAUUGCUGAGGUAUGCAAACUCAAAUAGACAGAAGUGAAAAAGUGGUUGCCGAAAUGUUUCCUUACCGGAGCCUUUUUCUUUCAUGGAGAAGUCAUAAGUGACAUAUUUGAUGUAUUUUUACGAUAAUAACGAUCAAUGCAUAACACUAACAGUGAAACUGUUCAACUUAAACAAAUAGUGACUGCUAUAUAACUGCAGGAGGUUUGUGUAAAACGAGCAAUUUAAAUACAUUUGAAUCAGAUAACCGUCUGUAAGUAUUGAAUCAGAUGAGUUUUUCCUCUCAUUAUUCUUCCUCCCAGCCUCCUUACAGUGCAGACGCGUUUCUGCUUGCUCUUGCCUCUGCUUACUUUUUUAUGCUGAUUUUCCUAUUUUUCUUUUCUGAAAACUUUGAGCAGCGGCUCCUGGACAUUAACUUAUCACUGGGACAGUUAUUCUUCGUAAAUAGACGGAGGGUUUCAGCCAUAUUUCAAUAUUUUUACGACGACCUCAGUCUUACUGUAGCGUGGCCUAGCAACAGCUAAAGCCUGGUAGGCUACUGCAUGCUAUUUAGCUUAAGCUAGUUGGCAGCAAAAUGCCUCCGUUCUCUACAGAUGACUUCCACAAACUUCUAGAUGGCCGUGUUGGAAAUGAAAAUGCAACGGUUGGAAGUUAACGUGGAAGUGAAUGGACUAUGUGGGAAUGACACCACUUUACCAGUGCAAAAGAAUGGAAAAGGGCAUGCUAACUUAGAGCUAGCUAGCAGCUACAAGGAUUCCAAGGAACAGGAGGGCUGUGUACCGGGUAAUAAAUCUACAAAUGGUAGUCCUCCCUCAAACUCUCUGGGUGCAUGGCCUAAGAGUAAAUCAUUUCCAUGGGAUUUGGGAGGACGAAUAACAGGCAGAGCCCAGCGCUCUGAAAUCUGUGAUGCGACUGGCUGGCCUGCAUUGUUAUCACCCAGGAAGAGCGCCUCUUCAACCCCUGUUCAUACUAGGAAACAGCCGUGGACAGCUGCUAAAGGGAGAACUAAAAACAAUUCUCCUAAACCACAGAGUGUUCCAAUCCGGAACAAAUAGGCUCCACUGACACAGAACCGGAGAUCUCUUUCUGAUGACCUGGAUAAUCUGUCCUCUUUACACAGCAGGGUAAGGACUAGGGGUGUCACGGUGUGAAAUUUUCGGCUCACGGUUAUUGUGACCAAAAUUACCACGGUUUACGAUAUUAUCUCGGUAAUUUUUUUUUUUUUUAGUGUUAACAUUAAGGUGAACAUUAAGGUAAGUUUAGGUUAUUAGG